ACCUCUCGCUCAGUGUUGGUAAUUACCGAAAUAAGUAUACACAUAAAAAAUUAAAUUGCAGCGCACACAUAUAUUUAUAAAACGUCGCGACGAGCGGAUAAGCACCAGAGCAGCGGCGAAAGGAUAGCGGCGGCGAAGACGGACGCUCCAGGAGCACACACACACAACCACCAAUGAACACACUCAGCGCCAGCACGAACGGAGGUGGUGGAGGAGGAGGAGGCGGAGUCGGCAGUGCUGGAAGUGGGGGAAACGGCGGAGGAGCAGCAGCACCUGGCAGCAAUGGCUCCAGCACAAAUGUGACAGCUGCCGGGAAUGCCGCCGGCGACGAGGCUGGCGGCGAUGCCAGCUCACGAAGACAGGCGACGCGCGUCUUCAAGAAGAGCUCCUCCAACGGCAAGAUCACCGUGUACCUGGGGAAGCGUGACUUUGUCGAUCAUGUCACGCAUGUGGAUCCCAUCGACGGUGUGGUGUUCAUCGAUCCGGAGUAUGUCAAGGACCGCAAGGUGUUUGGCCAGGUUCUGGCCGCCUUUCGCUAUGGACGCGAGGACCUCGAUGUCUUGGGCCUGACAUUCCGCAAGGAUCUGUAUUUGGCUCACGAGCAGAUCUAUCCGCCCAUGCAGCUGGAGCGCCCAAUGACCCGGCUACAGGAGCGGCUGAUCAAAAAGCUGGGACCCAAUGCCCAUCCCUUCUACUUCGAGGUGCCGCCCUACUGCCCCGCCUCCGUUUCCUUGCAGCCGGCCCCCGGUGAUGUGGGCAAGUCCUGCGGCGUGGACUACGAGCUAAAGGCCUUUGUGGGCGAGCACGUGGAGGAUAAGCCGCACAAGAGGAACUCGGUGCGCCUCACCAUACGCAAGGUCAUGUACGCCCCCUCCAAGGCCGGCGAGCAGCCAUCGAUUGAGGUCAGCAAGGAGUUCAUGAUGAAGCCAAACAAGAUUCAUCUGGAGGCGAGCUUGGACAAGGAGCUGUACCAUCAUGGCGAGAAGAUAUCGGUCAAUGUCCAUGUGGCCAACAAUUCGAAUCGAACGGUGAAGAAGAUCAAGGUGUGCGUGCGCCAGUUUGCCGACAUCUGUCUCUUCUCCACGGCGCAGUACAAGUCGGUGGUGGCGGAGAUCGAUUCGGAGGACGGUUGCCAGGUGGCGCCGGGCUUCACCCUGUCAAAGGUGUUUGAGCUGUGCCCCCUGCUGGCGAACAACAAGGAUAAAUGGGGCCUGGCCCUGGACGGGCAGCUGAAGCAUGAGGAUACCAAUUUGGCGUCCAGCACACUGAUCACGAAUCCCGCCCAGCGCGAGAGUCUCGGCAUAAUGGUCCACUACAAGGUGAAGGUGAAGCUGUUAAUUAGCUCACCGCUGCUGAACGGUGACCUGGUGGCCGAACUGCCGUUCACGCUGAUGCAUCCGAAGCCCGAGGAGGAGGAGCAUCCGUUGCUGGGCGAGCGAUCGCCGAGAGCCAGUCUGGCCGGUGGACAGCCGCUGGUUAGCCUGGGUGAUGGCGGUGAGGCCGGAUCGGCGGCUGGCGGACAGGCGGCACAGGAUGUGCCCACCACCACCAAUCUCAUCCAGCUGGACGAUGAUGAGGCGCAGGAUGAUGAUAUCAUAUUCGAGGACUUUGCCCGCCUGCGUCUCAAAGGCGCCGAAACGGAGGCCUAAACGGGAUCAGGAAUCCGAAAGCAUUCAUUUAUAUUGUCCAAACUACAAACAGCAAAAUGUUCACACAUAAUUUUUUCGGCAUUUUUGUAACAUACGAAAUGGAUAGAGGAAAAUGUAAAGUUUUGAUACCAAUAGCCAAGUAGCCGCGGUAAAGAAUAGUUUGAUGUAAGCUAUUUGAUAUGUGUAGUAGGCCAUACGUUCUAGUAUCUAUAUAGGGUUUAAGCUGAACAAAGUGUACGAAUUUUAAAAUGUGAAAUUGUUUAACAAAUACACAAAAUCGACACGGAACACACUUACACAAGGACAUAGACCUCCUGCAAACAGUUGAAACGAUGCACAAACAUUAAAUUUAUUUAUAUAACCGAAAUGUAAACAAACCAUUUUGUAUUUCUCAAUUUUCAAACGCUCAACAACGCGCAAAUGUUAUUCCAGACCAAUUAUGGGAAGAAGAGAAGCUUUAAAUUAUUUUGUAUGGCAGAUUACACACCCUUAGUUGAAAAAUAAAACCAUAAAAAAUAUAUGUAAUUACAAAAAAAGCCAA